AUGUCGACCGGCAAGCGUCUUGCGAAGCGCUCUAUCAUCGGCACGCGUGUUGCGGCGCUGGGUGAUGAGGGACUGUACUAUUCAGGGAUGAUUCAGGCAGUGAAAACGCCGGCACCGUUUCCGGAGAAUAAUAACUGUAUUAACUUGACUCCUAAUACUCGAUACACUGUGCGGUUUGACGGCGGUAAGCUGACCAGGGAAUAUAGAGACGCUGAGCUGAUCGGGCCCGGUUUCCGGGGCCUAACCGGAGUGCGUUUGAAGGCCGGUCAGCGCGUUUUCCUCACGUACAAUGGGCGCGAGGUGCGCGCUGACGUGCUGGAACACGACCACGACUCUGAUGAACUGCGCGUCCAGGUGCAUUCACCUUCAGCAGAGGUAAGUGUUGUAUGUUGGAGAGAGUUUAUUACUAGAAAUACACGAAGCAAAUAA